UCACAGCCCCAACUGUCAUUUUAAAACAAUUCAAUUGCAUCUUAAAACCCCGAUUAUUCCCAGCCCCCACCGAUAACGAUAACAGCGCGCCAGUGUUGCGCAAUGGCCGCUCGCAGUGGUGUUAGCAACUGAAGCGCUUCACAACACAGCCCCAGACACAACAAUUUUUUCGGUCAAGUCCAAAAUUUUCAGGCGUAAUUGGUGAUCUGUGUGCGAUCGCAGCGGGAUCAGGAGUGUCCGGACAUUGGGCCUCCAUGCUGUAGGUCUCUGGCAGCGGAAUAGCCAACUGCAAAGCGAUGGAGAGCGAGAAGAUACUGAUGGCCGCCGGAGUGACGGUGGCCGCUGUGGUGGGAGCCUUCGUUUUCUGGGGUCCCUCGGGCUCCCGCUUGCGCCAGCGACGCGGCCAAAUCGCCGGGCUGCACAACUUUGGCCGCACCUGCUUCCUGAACACCCUGCUCCAGGCGAUGGCCGCCUGCCCCCAGUUCAUCGCCUGGCUGCAGUUGUACAACAAUGCCUCGCCGGACCGCAAGAGCCUGAUCACCUCGAUGCUGAACACCCUGGAGGUGGUCAACGGCACCCAUGCCACCUUGCGCGGCGAUCCCCACUCGCCGGGCGCCGUUCUGCGCGCCCUAAAUGCCCUCGGCUGGGUCAUUCCGCAGGAGGAGCACGACGCCCAUGAGCUGUUCCACGUGCUCUUGUCCUCGCUGGAGGAGGAGGCCAUACGCCCGCAUCCGCUGGGCUGCCUAUCGGAUGCCCUGCCCACGGAUAACGACGAGACCAGCAGCUUUGCCGGCACAGCCACCCCGGUCGGAGGCUUUCGACCAAUAAGCUCCAUGGCCGCUGGCCUGGGGGCCAGCCAGAGGAUCGGGGACCAACCGAACAGACCCUCGAGUGCCAUGCUCACCGAUUUCCUCAACAUGGAGUACGACGAGAGCACCAGCUUGCAGCGCCUAGUGCGUUCCGAGGCCCACACACCGGACUCCCCGGCCUCCGUUUGCGAGCGCGAGGGCAACGAUCGCCUGGGAUCGCUGCUGGAUGCCGUGUCGCCGGGCACACCCUUCGGCUUCCCGCUGGCCAGUGAGCUGGAGUCCCUGGCCACGCCCACGCUGGGCGGCGAACGUUCGUCGCGGCCGCGGCUGCCGCAGUCCCAGCAGGAGGAGGGCCUCAGCCGGCGCGUGUCCAGCUCGUGUCGCUCGCUGGAGCGCCUGCACCGCGGACCCGGCCGUGUGUCCAUCUGGUCGAACAUGAUGCCCAGCCAGGUGGCGCAUCCGUUUCAGGGCGCCAUGGGCGCUCAAAUCGUGUGCAAUGGCUGCGGCUCCAAGUCGGCGGUGCGCUACGAUAAGUUCGAUAGCGUCACCCUGAAUCUGCCGCCGCAGCGCAGGACUGGCCUGAGCCUGGGCCACCUGCUGAGCGACUACAUCACCUCGGAGGAUCUGAGCGACGUGAAGUGCGACUCCUGCAACGAGACGACCACGCACACCAAGUCGGUGACGUUCGCCAAGCUGCCGGCCUGCCUGUGCAUCCAUGUGGCGCGCACGGUGUGGCUGCCCACGGGGCAGGUGUGCAAGCGGCAGGACUACGUGCACUUCCCCGAGAGCCUCUCCAUGGCGCCCUACAGCUUCGUGCAGCCGCAUCUCAACAGCCAGGCUGGCACUCCCUGGGGCUCCACGAUGUCGCUGUACUCCUCCAGCCUGCCGAUGAACAACGGCGUGGGCGGCGGCGAGGGCUUCGGCACCAUGUUCCCCAAGAACCUGUACCGCCUGCUGGCCGUGGUGGUGCACUCGGGCGAGGCGAACAGCGGCCACUUCGUGACCUACAGGCGCGGCUCCCUGCGCAAUGCCCACCGCUGGUUCUACACCUCCGAUACGAUUGUGCGCGAGGUGAGCAUCGACGAGGUGCUGAGCGUGCCCGCCUAUCUGCUCUUCUACGAUCGCGGCCAGCAGCGGCAGCUCAACCUACGCUAGUCAGCAUGGGGAUCGUCCUAGUCAACACUCGAUGUGAUGGAAGUCCGAAACCAAAUCCUUAGUGUCGAACGGUGGCCAUAGCGGGGCACGAGUCACUCUUAUAUAGAUAUAUAUAGCCUAGGCAUGUACGAAAACCCGCGACGCUCGGCGGGCUUAUGUAGUGGCCUCCGAGUAGUGCAUAUUCUCAGCAUUUCGCGCACGGAACUCUGCAGAGCACUCGACUCCUCAUUUGUUAUCGAUGCAUUUAAGAUUUUUUAAGAAUUCCAAAUUCAUACCGUGCUUUUAGCUGUCUGUAUUUAGCAAUAUACACACAUUAACUACCAGUAAUUGUUUGCGCGUUAUUUCUGUAGGAUAGAUGUUCAAUAAAAAUGUCGAAACCA